ACAACUAGCAAGCUAAAACUGAAAGCAUUUCCCCUAAACGAUUCGGUUGAAUUACAAAGAUAUUAUUAUUUUUGACACCAUGGGGACACAGCAGGACUUCUACUACACAAAAGAGAUCUUUGAAGAUGAAGAGAUCAGACUCUCCAGAACCCAGCUGUGCAUCCCUGAAGCGUGAUGUGUCUAUGGAUCCUCUAGUACAUCCUCUAGCACAAGAUGGAGCCUCCUCAUCUGCACACAGACAAACUCAGAUGAAGAGAUCAGACUCACCAGAAUCCAGCUGUGUGUCCAUGAAGAGUGACCAAUCUAUGGAUCGCUCAAUAACAUUUAAAGAUGGAGACCCCUCAUCUGCACACAGACAAACUCAGAUGAAGAGAUCAGACUCACCAGAAUCCAGCUGUGUGUCCAUGAAGAGUGACCAAUCUAUGGAUCGCUCAAUAACAUUUAAAGAUGGAGACCCCUCAUCUGCACACAGUCAAAUUCAGGCAAAGAGAUCAGACUCUCCAGAACCCAGCUGUGCGUCCAUGAAGAGUGAUGUGUCUGUGGAUCCUCUAGUACAUUUUAAAGAUGGAGCCUCCUCAUCUGCACACAGGUCUGACCCUGUAUCUGUUGGAACUGAAUUUCAAGAGUGCUUCAAAUUAAAUCUGAAAAAGAAAUUUCAAUGUUUGAACGAGGUGAUAACAAACCAGGAAAACCCAACACUUCUCAGUGAGAUCUACACAGAGCUCUACAUCACAGAGGGAGACAGUAGUGAGGUCAGUAAUGAACAUGAGGUCAGACAAAUCGAGGCAGCAUCCAGGAGAACAGCAACAGAGGAAACACCAAUCAAAUGCAAUGAGAUCUUUAAGCCCUUUUCUGAACAAGACAAACACAUCAGAACUGUGCUGACAAAGGGAGUCGCUGGCAUUGGAAAAACGGUCUCUGUUCAAAAGUUUAUUCUGGACUGGGCUGAAUAUAAAGCAAAUCAGGAUGUCCAGUUCAUAUUUCCACUUCCUUUCAGAGAACUGAAUUUGAUAAAGGACAAAGAACUCAGUCUACUGGACCUUCUUCAUAAAUAUGUUAAGGAAACAAAAGAGUUGGAAAUAUCAAUGUCACACAGAGCUCUGUUCAUUUUUGAUGGUUUGGAUGAGUGUCGUUUACCUCUAGAUUUUCAGAGCAGUGUGAGUUUGUGUGAUGUAACUGAAUCAGCAUCAGUGGAUGUGCUGCUGACAAACCUGAUCAAGGGGAAUCUGCUUCCCUCUGCUCUCAUCUGGAUAACCUCCCGACCUGCAGCAGCUGAUCAAAUCCCCUCUGAGUGUGUGGAUCGAGUGACCGAAGUAAGAGGGUUUACUGACCCACAGAAGGAGGAGUACUUCAGGAAGAGAAUCAGUGAUCAGAGUCUGGCCAAUAGAAUUAUCUCACACUUGAAGGCAUCAAGAAGCCUCUACAUCAUGUGUCACAUACCUGUGUUCUGCUGGAUUUCAUCCACUGUUCUAGAGAGAAUGCUGGGUAAAGCAAAGAGUGGAGAGACCCCCAAAACUCUGACUCAAAUGUACACACACUUCCUCAUCAUUCAGACAAAAAUCAAAAGAGAAAAAUACACAAAGAACCAGAAGACAGAUGAAGACAUGCUUCUCAAACUGGCACAACUGGCUUUUCAGCAGCUGAUGAAAGGAAACCUGAUCUUCUAUGAAGAAGAUCUGAGAGGGUGUGGCAUCGAUGUUGAAGAAGCAUCAGUGUACUCGAGUGUGUGUACACAGAUCUUCAGAGAGGAAUCUGGGCUGCUCCAGAGUAAAGUGUACUGCUUUGUUCAUCUGAGCAUUCAGGAACAUCUUGCAGCUCUAUAUGUGCACCUGACCUGCAUUAACCAGAAGAGAAAUGUGUUUAAACAGAGUUCGUUCUUUAAAAUGAACAGUUUCAAGAAAAAAAAAUCUGUAAUCUCAGAUGUACACAGGAGUGCUGUGGAUCAGGCCUUACAGAGUAAGAAUGGACAUCUGGAUCUUUUCCUUCGCUUUCUUCUGGGUCUCUCACUGGAGACCAAUCAGACCCUCUUACAAGGCUUAGUGACACAGACAGGAAGCAGCUCCCACAACAGAGAGGAAACAGUUCAAUACAUCAAGAAGAAGAUCAGAGAGAACCUCUCUGCAGAGAAAUUUCUCAAUCUGUUCCACUGUCUGAAUGAACUGGGUGACCAUUCUCUAGUUGAAGAAGUUCAACAGUACCUGCAAUCUGGAGAUCUACUAACAGUUAAUCUCUCAUCUUCACAGUGGUCAGCUGUGGUCUUUGUAUUAUUGACAUCAUCAGAGGAGAUGGAUGUAUUUGAUUUGAGCAAAUACACUAAAACAUACAGCAGAUCAGAUGAGGUUCUUAUAAAACUGCUGCCUGUGGUUGAAGCAUCCAGAAGAGCUCUAUUUAAUCAUUCUAUUCUGACAGAGAAAAAUUGUGAACAUCUGGCCUCAGUGAUCAGCUCAGAAUCCUCCAGACUGAGAGAGCUGGAUCUGUCUUGGAAUGAACUAGGAGACUCAGGAGUGAAGCUGCUCUCUGUUGGACUGAAGAAUCCUCUCUGUAAACUGAAGAUACUAAAAUUGUGGGAUUGUAAAAUCACAGAUUAUGGCUGUUCUGCUCUCGCUUCAGCUCUGAAAUCAAACCCCUCACACCUGAGAGAGCUGGAUCUAACUGGGAAUAAACUAGGAGAUUCAGGAGUGAAGCUGCUCUCUACUGGACUGGAGAAUCCUCUCUGUGAACUGGAGACUCUGACGCUGCAUGGUUGUAAUAUCUCAGAUGAAGGCUGUGGUGCUCUGGCUUCAGCUCUGAAGUCAAACCCCUUACACCUGAGAGUGCUUGAUCUUUCUGUGAAUAAUCUAAGAGAUUCAGGAGUGAAGCUGCUCUCUGCUGGACUAAAGAAUCCUCUCUGUAAACUGGAAAUACUGAGAUUGUGGGAUUGUAAAAUCACAGAUUAUGGCUGUUCUGCUCUCGCUUCAGCUCUGAAAUCAAACCCCUCACACCUGAGAGAGCUGGAUCUAACUGGGAAUAAACUAGGAGAUUCAGGAGUGAAGCUGCUCUCUACUGGACUGGAGAAUCCUCUCUGUGAACUGGAGACUCUGACGCUGCAUGGUUGUAAUAUCUCAGAUGAAGGCUGUGGUGCUCUGGCUUCAGCUCUGAAGUCAAACCCCUUACACCUGAGAGUGCUUGAUCUUUCUGUGAAUAAUCUAAGAGAUUCAGGAGUGAAGCUGCUCUCUGCUGGACUAAAGAAUCCUCUCUGUAAACUGGAAAUACUGAGGUUAUUGCAGUGUAAUAUCACAGAUGACGGCUGUGCUUCUCUGGCCUUAGCUCUGAAAUCAAACCCCUCACACCUGGGAGAGCUGGAUCUGUUUAGGAAUAAAUUAGGAAACUCAGGAGUGAAGGUGCUCUCUGAUCUUAAAGAUAAUAAACAUUACCAACUACAGCAACUGAGGUUCUGAUGUAUAUCUGUCUGGGGAAGACUCGGGUGAGGACAGUCGCUAAACAGCCUUGAUUACCAGGGAGUGAUAUUACCUGGACAUGGUGCUGCUCUGAUAUGGGAUCAGCCCUGCUUUGGGGAAUAAUUCAUAAAUGUGAUGUUUUAAAAAUCAUUUUUAGUGAUGUAUCCAUUGGUGAAUCAUGAAAAUUGCAUUAUAUUUAGACAUCACUGAACUCAUGGCAGCUGGAAAAAGAUGCCACUUUGGUUCCCAUAAGAAACUUUAAAUUCAUAUUUCUUUAAAGUACCAUAUUUGUUAAUGAAAUGUGUGAGUAAGGAUUCUUUUUAAAGUUAAAUGACAUAUUCAGGACCUCAUUUACUCAGACCAGUAGAUAGAUUGUCUGAUUUUAAUUUUGGAACUGUUUUCAGUUUUCAAUAUAUUUACUUUCCAUAUUUUUAAUAAAGCUUUGGGCAUUUUUAUGAUGGACAUAUUAUAGUAUCAACAGGCCCACUUUAAUAAAUCAAGCUCUUAUUGGUUAGUCAUUAUAAAGGCAUAUAGGACCCAACGAACUACAUAAAAUCUUUUGUGCCAGUUUCUGGGGCCAAACGGAUUCUGCCCAUGUGUUACGUCCAAAAUUGCCUAAACUAACAGCUGUUUUUUUCAUGUAUGUAAAAUAUUUCCAAUUAUUUGUUACAAACUAAAGGACCAUAAUGAACUUUUUAUAUGGGUAGUUGAGCUUUCAGAGGACUGGGGCAGUUGUUGUAGUGUGGCAACUGCUUCCUGUCUCAGAAGUCUGAGCAUGAUAAGCCUCAUUAGCAAAAUGGCAACCUCAAGUGAUAAUGAGAGAGGUAUCGAGAGACACAAGAGUGCCUAAAUAGCAUGGAUUCACAUCAAACCACCGUUAUCGUAAAACUGUUCAUUUUUUAAAAUCUAUUUGACAAAAAUUGGUUUACCUCCAAACCUGCAUGAUCUGUUGUAGCUGCAUAGUCCACAUUCUGGUUCUUCUGAAUAAAAAAUACUCAAAUGACUCUUUUAAGCCAUCUCAGUCAGAAUACAUGAAUUUUGAGAUGUAUUUGUAUAGCCAAAAACCUGAAAAAUUAUUGUUUAUAACAUAUGAUGUAGCCCUAUGGUGAACUAAGAGAAACUGAAUCUGUUGAUCUGUUUAUUAAUAGAAACUAUUUUAGUAUAUGUUGAAGUGCAAAAUAGCAGCCACUUUUUUAAGGAAGUGAAUUACUGUAUAAUGUAUUUUUAUGGUCUAUUGUAACAUUAGGAGUCCAGGAGAUGAAGCAGGAUGCAUGUGCGAGUGGGUUUUAUUUGAGUCCAUGGCCAUGACAAAAGAAACAUGAACAGAACUAAGAGCAAACUAAAACAAGAACAUAAAGCUACAACUAAUCUAUGAACAAUCCAGAA